AUGACAGUCUAUUUAAAACUGGUAGGAGUUAGUAGAAAUAAACUUGAUGCGAUUAAGCGACAACUAGAGAAAUAUGGACUAACAAUGAGAAUACAUAGUAAUACCAAGUGUUUGCCUCAGCGAUCAAGCAAAGUAACCAUUACUCAUGAUAAUGCCAAAGAAGUUUCAUCUUUUAUUCUUAAUUAUGCUGAUAUUAAUGGGCUUCCAAGACCUGCUAUGAAAUCGAUAAAUAGAAAUAAUGAUCAAAUCAGUCAGUCCUCUUUUGUUCGUUUGUGGAAAUUGCUCAUUUCUCAUAUUAGGUUUAUAACUCCCAAGUCAGAUUUAUGCAAUGUUUGCAAAACAUUAAAAUGGAAAAUUGGUCAUACCAACAAGCCUGAAGAUAAAGAAGAAUUAUUAGUUGAAUAUGCUAUUUAUAUAAGAAUUGCUAAACUUGAAUGUAAAUAUUACAAUGAUAACAUUAAAAAAGCAAAAGAAAAUGCUUCCCAUACUAUUAAUAUUCAUUUAUCACUUGCUAGUAAAGAAAGACCUAUUUCAAAUACUGUUGAUGCUAUUGCUCAUUUUUGUUAUAAUUGGACACAAAGUGUUCCAAUACCAUAUUCUCCACAACAAAUUGAUCCUUUGUACUUUAAGAAUAAAGAGAAGUUCCCUGUAGGAGUAGUAAAGGGUGCAAAUACAAUUCUAAGUUUGGUCUAUAACACACUUAUUGAAUAUAACAGAGCUUGUUACAAAAAGUCAGUGGUAAAUACUGUUGAUGAUAUUGUUGAAGUAACUAGAAUGUCUACCCAUGGCAAUAAUGCAAUCUGUUACAGAGAUCAUAAGUGA